GGGUACCAUAUAAGGCCAAUUUCAUCUGAGAUUCUCGGCAAACUGGGUCCUAUAUAUGGAAUCAAAUCUCUUUUAUCUAUGAUUUCAAUUUCGGUAUUGCAAAUCCUAAUUUUGGCACAAUUGGUUGGCAAUUAGCGACAAAAAUCGCAGGCUCGGGUCGCCGUCCAACUACUCGUAGGUAUUAUUUCUGAUUUUGUUGCAAUGGGUCUGCAAGUGACAGGAAGAGAUUCAGGCUCUAAUCUUAUAUACUCCAAGUAAGCUUAACAGAAAUUUGAUGGCAAUUGUUUGGUUCAGGUGUACAGUGUUCAAGCUUGCAUCUCGAAGACUCCAACAUUACUUUGAAAUACUGAAUUUGUUCAGAUUGUAGCUUUUCAAGCUGCUUUCGCAUAUUGAUAAUUGCAUAACAGAUAAUAGGUUCUGUGGGGUUUCAAACUCAUUUGUCAAUCAGAGUUGAUGGAACUCCUGUACACAUUCCGGCUGCUCAACCAAAAACUGUAGGAAUCUCAGGACCUUCCAAGAAUAAUUCUGCUGAAAAAUGUGGUUCCACCAUUUCAACUAAAUUAAGUCGAGUAAUCAAGCUCAAAGGUUGCUUUGUACUGCCUACUACUGUAAAAGAUGUGAGAAGUGAUGAUGCGUGUAGAGGUCUACAUGAUCUGUCUACCUAGUAUUCUGCUGACAAAGUAAAAAUAUUCCACACUUGCCUUCUGAUAAAAAGAAAGGCCAGAGUGACAAAAGCUUUUCUUGAGAUGGACCUAUAUGUGAUGAUCUGGUGAAGCAGUUGAAGAAGGGUGCACUGAUGAUGAUGCUAAUGGUGUUAAUUUUAAGAUAGUUUCUGAUGGUGAAAGGCAACGGGAAAAGGAGUGUGGAGGGAAGGCUGCCUGCAACUAAGAAGUCUCACUGCUCCUAAUAAUCUGGGAAGCAAAGAAGGAAACAAGACAAAGAGGGGAAGCACCCUCAAAGUGAAAGUAUGCAGUAUACUUUCCUUGGCUUGCUAGCACUCUACAAGUGGCAGAAUCAGGGCACACUCUCAAGUGAAGCAUCUCACUCAGGGCACCUCUGAACACUGAACAAUCAAAAAGACAAGCAGGUAAAGCAACAAGGCAAUAUCUUAUCAUUCUUGGAAACAGUUAACUUGGGCAGAAUGAAGUUUCUGCUUCUUUCUAGCCAUCAUUCUUCACUGGAUUUCGUUCUUUCUUUUGGUUGGACAAUAUUAAUUCAUAUUCAUCUAAACAAUCUCUAUGUUUUAAUGGGAAGUCUAGACUCCAAAGCUGAUGUUGAACGGUGACGGUUUUAUGUCCGUUUCAGUCAAAAUGGUGCAGUUUUGGCAAUAAGUAUUAGUGUAUUACUGUCACUUUUCUGACGUCGACACGGAGACUGACAAUUCCUAUGCCUUUAUAUUUAACUAUCUUUUUUCUUCCGGAUUCACCCUUUGAGCUUUGGAUCCGCCAAGAUCAAUCGAUCCGUCAUGCUAUCCUUACAUCAGUUUCAGAACCAAUUGCUCCCUACAUAUCUGCUGCUAAAACUUCACAACAAGCUUGGAAAACUCUAGCCAAUGUCUAUGCCAAUCACUCAAGAUCCAGAGUCUUUACACUCAAGGAGGGGCUUCAAAACACUUGCUAUGAAAACUGCACUGUCUCUGAAUUGCUUCAUCAACUCAAGGUGCUUGCCAACGAACUUGCUGUAAUUGACAAACCUCUUCCCAAUGAUGACCUGACGGUGUAUGCACUCAAUGGGAUAGGCCUUGAAUUUCGUGAGAUCUCUGCUUCAAUACGUGCUCGAGAUGAGCCACUUUCCUUUGAAGAACUUCAUGACAGACUAGUUGCCCAUGAAGAAAGCAUGCACAAGGAAGAAACUUGAAUUGAAUAUACACCAGUGACUGCCCAUCCUACUGCUAUGCCCCCAAGGAGACUUGCUGAUAAUAAUCCUACUUUUUCUACAAAUUCUGGUCUUUCAAAUGCUUCAUUUCAGUCCAAUGGUGCAGGAAUUCUACCAUUGCCACAAAAUAUACAACCUUUUGGAUC